CAAAACGGAUAAAGAACAAUUCCAAAUGUUGCCUCGUUGGUUUUUUUUGUCUCCUCCUCCAUCUCACACUGUACAUUUACAUAGAUUUGUAGUACAUAAAUACAUCUCCUCUCGAUGUUUCCUUUUCCUGUCCAAAUAUUAACGUUACUGAAGGUAGAGAACGCUGAUCAUUCAUUCAUUCAUUAAUGGCGAUGAGGAAGAAGAAGAGCUGUGUUUUUUCAUUGAGUUUUGUGGCUGUUUUUUGGCUAUGGAUGUUGUUUGUUGUGGCAAUCGAAGGAAAAGUGGUGCCUCUAUUGCAGAGCUAUGAGAAAUCCGGGUUUGGACCCAGUUUUAGUACGAUUUAUGAUACUUCCAAAUAUGGUAUUUUCAACCUCAACAACGGUUUGGCUCAGACGCCUCAGAUGGGAUGGAAUAGCUGGAAUUUCUUUGCCUGCAAUAUCAAUGAGACAGUCAUCAAGGAAACAGCUGAUGCACUUGUCUCAACGGGUUUGGCUGAUUUAGGCUAUGUGUAUCUCAAUAUAGAUGAUUGCUGGUCCAACACAACUCGGAAUUCAGAGGGUCAAUUGGUCCCUGAUCCAAAAAAUUUUCCAUCAGGAAUUAAAUCUCUUGCUGAUUAUGUGCAUGCAAAGGGCCUCAAGCUUGGGAUAUAUUCUGAUGCUGGGGCUUUUACAUGUGAAGUUCGACCAGGAUCACUAUUCCAUGAAACUGAUGACGCAGAGUCGUUUGCUUCUUGGGGUGUGGAUUAUCUGAAGUAUGACAACUGCUUCAAUCUAGGCAUCAAGCCAAAAAAACGAUACCCACCAAUGCGUGAUGCUCUAAAUGCAACUGGACGCACAAUAUUCUACUCACUUUGUGAAUGGGGUGAGGAUGAUCCAGCCUUAUGGGCAGGCAGGGUUGGAAAUAGCUGGCGUACAACUGGUGACAUCAAUGAUUCAUGGGCAAGCAUGACUACAAUUGCCGAUCUGAAUGACAAAUGGGCAGCCUACGCUGGACCUGGUGGAUGGAAUGAUCCGGAUAUGUUGGAAGUUGGCAAUGGAGGCAUGACAUACCAGGAGUACCGUGCUCAUUUUAGCAUCUGGGCUUUGAUGAAGGCCCCUCUUUUGGUUGGUUGUGAUGUAAGAAACAUGACUGCAGAAACUUAUGAGAUUUUAACAAAUAGGGAGAUCAUUGCCGUAAACCAAGACUCACUUGGAGUUCAGGGAAGGAAAGUUAAUGUUACAGGAACAGAUGGUUGCCUACAGGUUUGGGCAGGUCCUUUGUCUGGACAUCGCUUGGUUGUUGCUCUUUGGAAUUGCUGUUCUAAGGGAGCAAUUAUUACAGCUCUAUGGGAAACACUUGGGCUUGAAUCCGGUACUAGUGUCGCAAUCAGAGAUUUGUGGCAGCACAAAAAUGUUACGGGAAAUGCAGUGUCAUCAUUCAGUGCCUAUGUGGAUGCUCAUGAUUGUCUGGUUUAUAUUUUCACUCCCCUGACAUUGUCUCAAUCUGCGAUUUAAGCCAUCAUACUAUUAGUGGGGUUCAAGGCUUCAAGCUCAUCCAUUGUUCUGUUAUUUUAGGUUUCAUCAUUUAUGCAGCCUGUUGGAUCCCUUUGGAAAAAAAAUAAUACGAAAGUGUCAUAUCCGUUGUAAUUGCAUUGAAAUUUCUGUCUCCAAGUUGUGUUACCGGUUGUCUAUAAACUUUUUGAUGGUAACAUUAAACAGGUGGUAUCCGACCAUCUGUAAUAUAUUGCUCAGACAAAUGAAAAUUAUAUUGUCUAACAGUCUGAAGUGCAAGGCUGUAGAGAAUAUCUUAGUGGUUAGAAUACACGAUGUGUCUAAUGGAUUUGGUGGAAUAUUAUAAGUAAUGCUUCGUGCGUUA